GCAUCAAGUAGUGUGAUAAUCAUCCUUGUUAUGAUGAUGUCGGAUUGUAGACAAUGUGUUAUAGUCGUAACAGUUUUACUUAUUUUAGAGAUUGUAGCAGGUCAAACAUACAAUUUAUCAGGAUCAGGACCAUAUGGUGUUAGAGGAGGGGAUUACAAAUUUACCUGUAAGAUAUCUGGUGGAAAUUUUAUACUCACUGAUAUUCAGUUUAGCCGGGACCAUAUCUCAGCCUGUGGACAAUUAUUAACUUGUAGACAUGGAUCACCAUCUGAUACCAGAUAUACAUGUGGUUGUAUCAAUGGUAACAACAGUACAUUAUAUCUUAAUAUAACUAAUGUUACGUCAACUGAUACUGGUACCUGGACCUGUGGAGAUAUUUUUAAUCCUGGCAGUAGUUCACCUGUAACUCUUCUAGUUUAUUAUGGACCAGAGAAUAUCGAAUUUACACCAGUCAGUUCUAGUAUAACAGUGAUAGAAAAUGAAAGUACAACCGUAACCUGUUCAGCUGACUGUAAUCCACCACCGUGUAACAUCAACUGGUUUAAAGGAUCUACUAUAAUAUCAUCUACUGAACUUCUCUUACUGAACAACAUCACGCGACAAAAAGCCGGUAAUUACACCUGUCAGGUUACAAAUACACAGAUACCUGAUUCACUUCAAUCUAAACAAUUGCUGGUUAAAAUAUAUAAUACUGAUGUAAAUGGAUGUAAUAACAUGCUAGGUGUUGGUAUAGCUAUUGGUCUGGUAAUCAGUGUUCUGAUCGUUGGUAUUGCGGCAGCGUUAGCUUGGGUGAUUCUGAAGAGAAAAGGGAAGAGAUUUUGUAUAAAAUCUGUAAGAGCAAAUGAUCAAACAGUAGAUAAUGGUACAACCAAUCAAGGGUUGAACAACAACACGAUGUCUGAAACUCGACGUGUUACCGCCAAUCAAGGGUUAGUCAACAACAUAUUUUCUGAUACGCCUCCAAUCGUCACAAAUACCAGAGGUGUUAACCGCGAACACAUCAACACACCCAGAGCAUCAUCAACAUAUGAAAGUCCAAAUUCUGAAGAUUAUUUAACUGCAGUGAACACAUACGAGGAGCUGGAUAAACAAACAAUGGAUCAACAACCCAAUACCUAUCAAGAACUCAGCUUAUAUCAAAAUCUAGCAGAAGUUGAGAAAUGAAGUGAAAAGACUCUUACUGGUGUAGUUAUAACUAACAGAUACAAUAAUGUGUAUAUUCUGCAAAAAAUUAAUGAACUAAAAAUCAGUUGGAGAAUAAAUAUAAACUAA